AUGAUCAUGAAAACGACAGACAAAUACUCCCCUAUUUCCGAUUUUUACGCCGGAAGAUCAAUCUUCAUGACUGGAGGGACUGGGUUCCUCGGAAUUGUUUUAAUAGAGAAAUUAUUAUAUGGAUGUCCAGAUAUCGGCAAUAUAUAUAUUCUUAUACGAGAAAAGAAAGGUGUGUCCCCCGAAGAAAGAGUUAAAAGCCUUAUAAAUAGCCCUAUUUUCGAAAGGCUUAAAGCUGAUAAACCAGAAAAUCUAAAAAAAAUAAUACCAGUUAUUGGAGACCUAACUGAACUAAAUCUUGGAAUAAGUACGCAGGAUCUGCAAAUAUUGUACGAUGAGGUGUCAGUGGUGUUUCACUUAGCAGCCACUAUUAAGUUCAACGAACCACUAUCGGUAGCUGUGAAAAUUAAUGUUGGAGGCACUGAGGAAGUCAUUAAAAUAUGUCAAAAUAUGAAAAAUAUAGAAGUGUUUGUCUACAUGUCAACGAUAUUUUCAAAUACCGACCACGAAAGAAAGACCAUCGUUGAAAAGUUAUACCCAAGCCCGAAGCACAUGGAUGAAGUCUACAGAAUGAUCGAGGAAAAUGAUCCAAAGGAGACAUUCAGCCCGGAAGUUUUAUGUGGACGUCCAAAUACAUACACGUUUACAAAGGCACUCGCGGAAAAUGUCGUUGCCGAAAAACGUGGUGAUCUGCCUACCGUCAUGAUACGUCCUUCCGUGGUAACUCCAAUUAAAGAUGAGCCUGCGAAGGGAUGGAUUGCGAACUGGAUGGGCCCUACACCAAUUUUAACUUUAUUAGCUAAGGGUUGGAUCAGAGGGUUGUACGGAGAAAAUGACUAUACAUUCGAGAUCAUCCCCGUAGACUACGUUGUCAACAUGACAAUAAUAGCCGCUGCUAGACACAAUAGGUCUAAGGAGCUGUCAAUAUAUCAUUCGUGUUCCACUGCGGAUAAUCCUCUCACAGUACUCGAUGCUAAGAUCAAUUAUUUGAAAGAAAGUACAAAACACAAUUUCAAUGAAUUACCUUUUCCGGGAUUGAUUUUCACAACAUCUCAUUGGCUACUAUUUAUACUAGCAUUCAUCUUUCAAACUAUACCAGCCUAUUUGGGGGAUUUAGUUUUGUACCUAAGCGGAAAACCUAUAAGGUUCAUAAAAAUGCUUAAAAAGCUAGAAAUAUGUGUAUCAACGCUCAGAUACUUCUCAUCUCGAUGCUGGGCAAUGAAAGCGUCGCGUGCGCAGGCUUUGAUAUCAACUUUAAGUGAACAAGACAAAAAGAAAUUCCCUUGCGACCCACGUGAUAUCAAUUGGGAAGAAUACAUGGCAACGUAUUUCAAUGGAGUCAACAAAUACUUAAUAAAUCGUAGUUAA